UUGAUAUAUGUAAUCCCAUCAUUAUCGCUAGAUAGCUAGCCCCUGUUACCAAGUACAAACAAACCAACUGGUACUGGUAGUAUUUAAUUAAGUUGGCCAGGCUUAAAGGAGCUAGGGAGGGAUGCAUGCCUUAAAAAACUUGUAAUGGAUCAGCAACCCCCGUCAUCACCAACACCAAGCAAUGAAGACGAUGGCACCACGUCUCCGGGGGCCAGCGCCGAGAAGUCCUGUAAAUCGGAGCUCCGUCGAGGGGGCACAAGGCACCCAGUCUACCGCGGCGUCCGGAAGCGGCAGUGGGGCAAAUGGGUGUCCGAGAUCCGGGAGCCCCGGAAGAAGUCGCGAAUAUGGCUAGGCUCCUACCCGGCUCCGGAGAUGGCGGCCCGUGCGUACGACGUCGCCGCCUAUUGCCUGAAAGGACGCAAGGCGCAGCUCAACUUCCCUGACGAGAUUGAGGUCUUGCCCAGGCCCUCCUCUUGCACCGCCAGGGAUAUUCAGGUGGCAGCGGCGAUGGCGGCGAAGGAGGUGAAGAAGAGCGGCGAUGAUGAUGACUUCUGGGGUGAGAUCGAGCUACCGGAGCUGGCAGAGAGCGGGGGAGAGGCUUGGCCGAAGAGCGGCGGCGGUACCAGUACUACUACUAGUACUAGUACUGCAUGGCACAACUUGAGGGGGGGUGCGGGGCUGGGAGGUGAUGCCACGUGGCUGGAUGGCUAGGUCUCUGCAUGCAUGCAUGUUUUGGUGGUACGUCGUCUCGUUUGUUUAUAUACGGACAUUAUACCAUGUGCAAGCGUUAUACAUAUAUAUAUUAAUUAUUAUAUACGUACGUAAUGGUAUGUAUGCAUGU